GCCGCUGCUCCUGCCGCCGCUGCUCCUGCCGCCGCUGCCUCCGCGGCGCCGGGACGGAGCCCUCACCCCACCCCUGGGUAGGGCGGCGGGGCAGCGCCAAGAGCUCCGGGGGACCCCGUUAUCAUGUCGCUGAGACAGCGCCUGACCGCGCUGCUGGCCUGCCUGCGGGACCCGCAGAAAGUGGCCAGCUUCCAGCGGCUGUGCGGCGUGGAGGAGCCGCGAGCGGCCGGGGCUGACGCUCGGCCCGGGGGGGAGCCCGGCACGGCCCCGGAGGCGGGGGGCGGCCGCAAUCCGGACCGGCCGGCCAUCUCGGAGGGCGGCGGAGGCAAGCCCCGGAGCUGCGGCGCCAGCAACGGCGUAAGGAACGGACUGCCGGAGGCCGGCGGCGACCCGGUCGCGACCGCGGGCGAGGCGACCCUCCGGAACAGAGUGCAGGGUCUGCGGCGCAACUCCCUCACCGGGGAGGAAGGGGAAGUGUACGGAGUGCGGAACUGGCUUCUCUUCUACUUGUUCUGCUUUGGCACCGAGCUGGGCAACGAGCUCUUCUACAUCACCUUCUUCCCCUUCUGGAUCUGGAACCUGGAUGCCUUGGUGGGCCGGAGGCUGGUGAUCAUGUGGGUCCUGGUCAUGUACCUGGGCCAGUGUGCCAAAGACGUCAUCCGAUGGCCCCGGCCCGCCUCGCCGCCGGUGAUCAAGUUAGAGGUUUUCUAUAACUCAGAAUACAGCAUGCCCUCCACUCAUGCCAUGUCUGGCACAGCCAUACCCCUCUCCCUUGUCCUCCUCACCUACGGCCGCUGGCAGUAUCCUCUUAUAUAUGGACUGGUUUUUGCUACCUGCUGGUGUUCUCUGGUUUGUCUGAGUAGGAUUUACUUGGGAAUGCACUCCAUUCUGGACAUUAUUGCUGGAUUCCUGUAUGCACUUUUUAUCUUGGCUGUCUUCUAUCCAUAUGUGGAGCUGAUUGAUAACUUCAACCAAACUUACAAAUAUUCUCCACUAAUUAUCAUCAGUUUACAUUUAGCCUUGGGGAUCUUUUCCUUCACCCUUGACACUUGGAGUACAUCACGAGGAGAUACAGCUCAGAUCCUGGGCAGUGGUGCAGGAAUUGCAUGUGGAUCUCAUGCUGCUUACUGCAUUGGUCUAAUGUCAGAUCCUCCUCUUGAUACAUUGCCAUUAACUGUUCCCUUCAUCACUGUGACUCGUUUUGGAAAAAUCAUAUUGCGGAUUCUAAUAGGAAUGGUAUUUUUGCUACUAAUUAGAAUUGUAAUGAAAAAGAUCACCAUCCCAUUGGCCUGUAAAAUAUUUGGUAUAAAAAGUGAUGAUAUUCGAAAAGCAAGACAGUGCAUGGAAGUUGAACUUACUUAUCGUUAUAUAACCUAUGGAAUGGUUGGCUUCUCUAUCACAUUUUUGGUUCCUUGCUUAUUUUUCUUUAUUGGCCUUUCCUGAUGGCCUAUCAUUUAUGAGAAAGGCAGUAUGUGAGAAUAAUUCUGAGGCAAAAGUCAAUUCAAUGCUUUUGCAGGAAUUUUAAGUAUUUAAGUGAACAUAAAGCAGAGAGUGCGCUUUUUACCACUGCAUCUGGAUAUUGUUUUGGAGAAUGCUGAGAAGUUUCAACAUUGUGAACAUUAUGGACAUCCCUUAAGUAUGAUGUUUUGGGGUAUUUUAUGCAUUUGGGUUGUAGAUCUACAUAUAAUAUAUUUUAAGGUAUGUAAUUAUAUAUUUAUGUACCUAAUAUAUUAUAUGUGAGUCUAAAUAAACAAUGGGGCUGUAUAAAUAAACAAAUAAUAUUCCUUCAGUUAUGCCUUUGUAUUUGGAUUUAAUCCAGGUACGUUGUGAUAGCUUGGCAAAAAAAAUUUUUUUUUCUUUAUCUAGAAUGUGAGCCAUUUCUUAAUUUAAUUACAUGGUUAAUGAAAACAAAAUUAGUAUGCAAACCAUUUAUCUGUUUAUUGUCUCUUCUUAUCACCUUUCAUGGUAAACUUGCUGGUCUAGAGGAGGCAUUUAAUGGACCAAAUUUGAAGUAAAAUUAACUUCUGCAUUCAAAAUUUUUUGGUUUUAAAAACUUUUGUUUUUUCUUUUAGUACUGUGUACAGUUUAAAGUAUUUUGGUUUGCAUUCAUUCUAGAUUUCUCUAUAAUGAUUCAGGUACUGUAUUUUACUGCUUAUUAAUUGUGCCUUUCUGUUGCUGAAUUGAGAAAUGCCAUGUAUACUGUGAUCUAAAAAUAGGACUGAUAACUCUAUCUUCGAUGACAUAAUUAGGGGAAUUUUUUUUUAACUUAUGUUGAGAAAAUUCUGAGGAGUUUAGAAGUAAACUAUACAUGGUAGCUUGUAUGUUGAUAAGAAGAAUGAACUAAACUUUCUCAGUGACUUUAACAGCUAAUGGAUUGUGUAGUUUAUAGGAUUUUUUGGUUAUUGCUUUAUAAAUUACAGGAAGAUUAUUAUUAUUUUUUUUUUUGCACAUUGUCUUGACUGUAUUGUAAGUUAGUAUUUCUAGUAGAGAGAAAUGAAAUUGAAAUCUAGGCCGUGGAACAUUAACUCAGCUUCAUUUAUAAUAUUCUUCUUAAAUUAUUUCUCAAGGUCUGUGGUUGACAGUGUUAAUCUUUCUGGCUUAAUCCAUUUACUGAUAAUUUAAGACAGAAUAAAUAAUUUAAAAGAGAGUAGUUACUACUAUCUCCAGAUCCUAUAAUUUUUCAAUUUUAUUUCUUUAUAAAACUUGGAAGCAGUAUUAAUUAGGCUGUCAUUUAUUCCGUUUACUUUUUUAUACUUGAGGUUUAAUUUCCUUUGAAAUUAAGUUAACAUUCAUUUCAUACAACUAAAUUUUAUCUAUGAGGAAAUUACUAUGUAAACAUCAGGAUAACUUAUUGAUGAUAUUAAUGCAAUAUCUAUACUGUUGUACCCAGGAGUAGCCUUAAAAAUAUUUUUGUUUUGAUAAAUAGUAACUACUGCAGCUCACAGUUGAUGAGACCUUGGGUUGGCAAAUGGUCUAAAUUUAAUCUGUUAAUUACAAUUCAGGCAUUAAAAUUUAGAGGAACUGAUUGAUAUCUAU